UGUCAUCGAGCGAGGGUGUGUUUCCGGAAGACGUGGCUGUUGCUGCAGUGGCAGCUGUCAACCUUAAUGGUUGUUAAAUGAACUCUACAAUCGCUUAGUUGUCGUUUACACUCGCCGGUCAAGUUAGUGCCAAGAUGAUUUCCUUAACGGACUCGCAAAAAAUCGGAAUGGGAUUAACAGGCUUCGGCGUGUUUUUCCUCUUCUUUGGGAUGAUCCUGUUCUUUGACAAAGCACUCCUGGCAAUUGGGAACAUCCUGUUUGUUGCUGGACUCGCCUUUGUCAUUGGCCUAGAGAGGACUUUCCGCUUCUUCUUCCAAAAGCACAAAAUGAAAGCCACCAGUUUCUUCCUGGGAGGCGUGUUUGUGGUGCUCAUUGGCUGGCCUAUAAUCGGUGUUGUGCUGGAAGUAUAUGGAUUUUUCCUCUUGUUUAGAGGCUUCUUUCCUGUUGUAAUAGGCUUCAUCAGAAGGAUACCUGUCCUUGGCUCCAUCCUAAACCUACCCUUCAUCAGUGCAUAUGUGGACAAAGCGGGCGAGAGCAACACCAUGGUAUAACACUGACAUCUUGUUUGCAAAGAAGGCUUCGAUUGAAUAUAGCAGGUUUAACAAAGCAACGUAAUCUGCCAAUGGAAAUGAUUUCAAAGUUGCUCAGGUUAUACAUUCAGAUAACAACACCCUCCUGCUGGCGGAAGAAGACGGAAAGACUGCUUCUGUUUGCCUGUUAUACUGGUCAUCACUGCCCAUCAAAAAUAGGUCAUCAGUCUGUUACUCAAAGGAGUUACCAUACUAUAUUCCCUUCCAGUUGAUGAAAUCUCACAUGAAAGUGGGGAAUUGAAGGCAUCCCCGAAACAUCGAAGAUGACUUCUGCAAGAAUGAGUAGUGGACAGUUUUUGCCGUAUUGUCCUUUUUGUGCCUCUGCUUUAAAUUCUUAAAAGCUUUUAAGUGCAGCAUUUUAUUUGUGCUGUUAUUAUGAGAUACUUAUUUUUUAUUUUUAUUUUUUUUGGGGUCUCACAGCUACUACUAGUACUAGCUAGUACUUCUAACCCAUAUGAUAUCAAACAUCAGGCUUGUCAAUUCCACUUUGGAAUGUGUAUUUAAGAGGUAAACAAAUUCAUGAGGAGAUUCAUAAGGCUUUUGAGAUUACUGUAAAGUCCAUGUAAAACAAGUGACAUUGUAUCUUGGCGUGUAGGCCAUUUAAAUGCUGGACAUUGCAGUAGGAGAGAGGGUUUGAUUCCAUUUUAAACUGGUUUUGUCAUACUUCAGAUUUAAGCACAUCCACAAAAGAUGCCGUUAAGAGGUCCCUUUUGUCUUGCUCCACUGUUUAGCUGCUCGCCACAUCUCCAAUGUAAUGUGGCUUGCCAACAGCCAGAAAAGGAACCUCUUUUGCAGUCAAAUACCAUUUGUUGGAAAAGCUUCAUUUACAUGUCAUUUCUGUUUGUUUGGCAAAGUAGCUUGUUUCAUAUCAGUGGCUAAAACUCCGAUAGGUCAGACUAAUUACAUUAUUAAUUCAAGGUUUGCCCCAUGAAUGAGCUGUACAAAUUGUGUUUACGGUAUUUUGUAUAAAUAUUUGUCACUAAAAAAAAAAAAAAAAAAAGUAUUUUUGCUGGAAUCUUGAUAUCUUAAGCAUAACAAACGAACCUAAAAAUCUGUUUUUCUGGGCUUGUCUUAAGUUAGUUACAGUGUUGGAGUGGAACCUCCAAAAUGGAACACAAUCCUAUGAUGCUGUUUUAGUUGUUAUAGUUUUCAUUUCUUCCAUUACAUACAGUAUAUUGUGAAUUCAUUUGUUCCAGGCUCCAACGUAGUCAUCCUUUAUUACCUGUACAGGCAUUUUUUUUUUUUUAAAUUAGCAUCAAAGCAUUUUUUGUCAUACACAUGUAAGGAUAAGUUAACCAAAUAAACAGGGUGACUGUC